UUCAGGUCGAACGAACGAUGAGGUGAUGGUACCAGAAAUUAGACAAGAAUAAUUACGCACACAUAAAAACCACACUUUGCAGCUUUUUUGUUCAACCUGCCGCCAUAAAACCAUUUUGCUUCAAAACCCCUAAUAAACGGCUCAAAUUUGUGGAAAAAAUCAUCAGGAUUCAAUCUUCAAUUGAAAAACCCUCUCCCCUUCAAAGUUCAAAACCCUAGAUUUGUGAAAUACCCAGAAACAAUGGAGGCCGAGAAUAAUAGUAAAAGUAGCAGCGCCAGCAAGAUAAUCCCAGAAAAAGUAAUGGAAGGAGUAAGAAGAACAUUGGCAAACAUUGAUGAACUUCAAUCAAAAUUUGAUGAAUUUCUCUCUCUUGCUUCUGACCCUGAUGUUCUGUCUCAAUUACCCCCUUUAGAACGAGCUCAAUCCCUUCUUUUGCUGUCCAAACUUACUUCAGUUCUUCUUUCUGUGAGGUUGAGAUGCAGUGGGGUUUACCCUGAUCACCACCCAAUCAAAGGAGAGCUGGAUAGGUUGAGCCGGUAUCAAGAAAAACUCGAGCGCUUUGUGGAUAUAAGUAAAGCACCCUUGCGGCCUAGUACUAAAGUGAACACCCAAGCAGCAACGCGCUUUAUUGAACACUCUUUGCCUGAUCUUACAGCUGAGCAAAGAAAAAGAAUGAGGGCCAUCAGUAAGGGCGAUGAAGGUAGGAUGAAGUACUCGGAGAGAAAUAUCCAGAAGAAGAGGAAAACUCCGUUAAGUGACAUGAAAUCUGUACGAGAGGCUGCAGAGGACUUUCUGCAGAAAGCUGCUCGUGAACUUCUUGGUGAAACCAAUGGAGGCGUAAAGGGGCCUCUGGGUCCCGUGCAACCUGUAGAUAUUGAUGAGGAUUAAGAUACUGGUAAAGUGGCUCUCAGAUGUUCUUACAUGAAAAUUUUUACAUGUUGGUGCAAGGAAAGACCUGUUUGUAAAGGGGCAGAGAAGAUUUAUUAUGUAUUCAUUCCAUGGAUACUCAUGGAGAGAGGGUAAUCAAACAAGCAUUGAAGGGAUAUUCUAGAGGCAGUUCCUUCCUCCUACAACCUGUUCCGUUGGAUUUCCAUGUAAACAUAUCUGAUUAAAUUCAAGGAAAGGGUUCUGCUUAUAUCAUGUUUGCAAACAACAAUGACAACAGUCAGGCAUGUAUCCUGCUGUUGGGAAGAUAUUGGGAGAUGGUGUAAUGCAUCAAGUAUAGGGGAAGGGACACUUUAGGUAAUACAAAUAAGUUAAUUAUUCUUACCUUGAGGAGGAAGGCAACUAGGAGUUAUGUAUGAAGGAGAUCAUUGAGAGGGAAGUUUAUGAUGAAUAUUGUUGAGAAGUUUUAUUUUGUUUUGAGUAACUUUGUUUAGGGAGUUUCCACUCUAUCCAGCCAUUCGAAUGUGCAUGGAUUGUAGCCCCAAUUUGACGAUUUAAUCGCGUUGAAUUACAAUCAACUAUCUUUCUUUUC